AUGGACACAUCCAAGAGCAAUGAAAUAACCAAUCGUUUGCUGAAUCGACAGGAUAGAAAGGAGCUACGUGUCCUUUUAAAAAAUGAAGAAAUAUAUAGCUGUCGAAUCUGUACAAGAGGAUUUUUGAAAAGUGUUGACUAUAAAAAGCAUACAUUGUUACAUGUAACGAGUGCCUUUAUUAAAUUAAGAAAGCAAAAAAUAUAUAGAUGCAUAUUAUGUCCAGCUGGCUUUCUUAAAAGUGAUGAAAAAAAUUUACACUUACUUGAUCAUGCUAAGGAAACUUUUAUGAAAAACCGUAAAGAAAAGGAAAUUGCAGAUAAACAUUACUAUAACAAAAAUAUAGUUAGAAAACAUGAAUGUCCGGAUUGUUCUAGAAAAUUUACCUCUAUUAAUGUACUGGAAGAACAUUCAAAGCUGCAUAAGCCAUUUCCAUAUGUAUGCUUCUGUGGAAUUGCAUAUCUCAGAGAAGUUGAUUUUAAGGGCCACCAAAAGCUUAUCCAUGGUAAUAACAAUAACCAGUUAAUCACAAAAACUGUUAAGGAAGAACCAGCCAAAAAGACGCCAAAAGUAAAAACAAAAUCAAUAAAACAUAUUGCUAAGAAAAUCAAGAUAAAAAUUAAACAUGAUACAAAUGAAAAUGUGGAGUGUUCAGUUUGCUGUAAAAUUGUUAAAAAACAUUAUCUACUUCGUCAUAUGGAUAUACAUUCAGAUAAUAAGGCAUUUAAAUGUAAUAUUUGCAAUAAAAGUUUUAAGCAAUACUGCGGCUUGUACAACCACAUGUCCGUACAUAAACCGAGACAUCAACUUCCCUGCCAGUAUUGUGGUAAAGUGUUUAAAUUCAAAUACAAUUUGAUUAACCAUUUAAACACGCACACUGGUGUAAAACCUCAUGUGUUAAUAACCAGAAAUUCCACAGGAAAUCAAUUGAGGCGUCCGUUACUUGCGUCGCGUCACCGCGCCGGUCAAUACGGCGCGCGCGGGCCGUGCGCCCCGCGCGUCAUCCCCUCAUUUCCACCCAUCAGUCAGAUUAUCUACCCCGUCUAG